AGGGGACCAAACGUUCCCCCUCCCAUCACUUCCUCGUCAUUUCUGGGAACUUUUCUCCCAUCAUUCUCGGGAUUUACUUCGAAGAGCCGUAGGUCAUUUUUCGGUCUAAAACUUUGGCAACGGGAGACGAGGGUGCCGGAGCUGGGCACACGGGUUAAGGUGCUGUGCUAAGCCUCCCUGAGACAUCAUGGCAGAGCAGAGUCCACCUCCCUAUGAUGGCAAGAAAACUGGAGCUGCAGAUAAAACAGAUUUGGAGUGUCUCGUAGAGGAAGAUGGGAGUUUUCACAUUGCUUAUUGGGUUGACAAGAAUGUCCGGCAAACUUUCAUUCGCAAGGUCUACAGCAUCAUCACCCUUCAGCUGUUGGUGACUGUGGGCAUCGUUGCACUCUUCACUUUUUCACACCCUGUGAGCCAUUAUGUGCAAAGGAAUAUUGCCCUGUACUAUGUAUCUUAUGCUGUAUUCUUGAUCUGCUACCUUUUGCUGGCCUUGUGUAGAAGCAUCCAGAGGUGCUUCCCAUGGAACAUAAUCCUCAUGACUAUCUUUACCAUGUCCACGGCAUUCAUGACUGGCACAAUUGCAAGCGUGUAUGAGACCAAGACUGUAGUCAUUGCCAUGAUCAUCACAGCAGUUGUAACCAUCACUGUCACUGUUUUCUCCUUUCAGACAAAGGUGGAUCUCACAACCUGGCGUGGUUUCUUCUGUAUCAUGGCCAUUGUCUUCAUGGUGACUGGCAUUGCCACUGCCAUUGUCCUGAGCUGCAAAUACAUGUACUGGCUCGACUUGCUUUAUGCAGCCAUUUCUGCUGUAGUCUUCACCCUGUUCCUUGCUUAUGAUACUCAGCUGCUGCUGGGGAACAGGAACUACGCCAUCAGUCCCGAGGAUUACAUUUAUGGAGCCAUCCAGAUCUACGUAGAUGUCAUCUACAUCUUCCUCUCCUUCACAAGGCUUGUGGGCAGGAAUUAGGGACUGUGGGACCUGUACUUAGGGCUAGGACUUUGUCUCAGCAUUUGGGCGAAAAGUUUCUUCACCUUUUCCCUCUUCACCAGCACACGAGUCUGUUGUUUGCAAAGAUCCUAUACUGAUGGUACAGAAAGUUGAUGCAUAACCACUCUGCCACUAAGGCAUUUUGUGUAGCAAAUUUUGCA